AUGGCGGAGGAUCUCAAAAAGAAACAGUAUGGUCUCGUUGUGAAAGCCAAGAAGGAGGACAAGCCUCUGAUCAGGAAAGCUGCUGCUGUUUUCGAUGAAGAGGAUGAGUGUGACGACAAAGUUGAUGUCUCUUAUUCGAAAACGUCAGCAUCCACAAUACGCAUGCAUAGGCAAGCUCAGAUGCACCAUGAACGGGCGUUAGCAGAGGAUCCAACUGUUUUCGACUAUGAUGCUAGUUAUGACGAAAUCCAAGCAAUUAAAAAUGAGAAGAUAUCAGAACAAAAGAAGAAAGAUGAAAACAGAGAAUCGAAAUAUGCCAGUGAAUUAAUCAAAUCCAAACUUCGAAGAGAUCUUGAGAAACAGAGUAGAGAGGAAAGGCAGCAGCAAUUAGAAAGAGAAAAGGAAGGAGAUGAGUUCGCAGAUAAAGAAGUCUUCAUUACCAACACUUAUAAAGAACAAAUGAAAUUGGUUGUCAAGCAUCGUGAAGAGGAACAAUAUGAAGCCAUGUUCAAUAAGAUGACCUCAGUCGAACAUCAGAAAGCUUGGCAAGCUGGGUUCGGCAGAACACUGCUGAAUGAUUUAGCCAGAACAGGAUUAACAAAAAAGAGUGAUGAGCCGGAAGAGCAGACUAGCUUCAGUGAUGCCAAGAAGAAAGGAGUUAAGAAUAUUCGUAAAAGAAAUGAGGAUCGAUCUCCAUCGCCCAAAUUAGAACCAGCAGAAGAGAGUACCAAGAAGAAGUCCAUAUAUGAUGAUGAUGAAGAUGAUGAUAAACCUGUCAAGCAAGAACCAAAGAAGUCGAUCUACGAUGAUGAUGAUAAUGGUCCUGAAUUCAAACCUCCUCCUCUUAAUCCCCAUCGUAACUUCGAGGGAGAAUUGAAACCUGGACUCAAUAGGGUAGUAAAGAAGGCUCUAACACAUGUCGAAAAGUUAGAGAGGCAGUUCACUCCAACACCACCAUCAUCUGACGAUGAAGAUAGCUCAAAGAAAGAAAAAGAACGCAGGAAGGAAAGAGAAGAGGAGAAGAGGAAAGAAGAAGAGAAGAAGAAGGCAGACGAGGAGGAGAAGAAACAGAGACUUAAACUCAUACGAAUGAAACCUGAAGAACUGCGAGCCAAACGUCUUGUUCGGCUGAAGGAAAUCGUCAGUCAACGGAAUGGUCCAGAAGAGAUAGAGGCUUACCGCGAAAGAUAUCUACAGAGGAGAGACAUAAACUUCGUUGAACCACCACUCUGUUAA